AUGAUAGACUGUAAUAAGAAUGAUCCAAAUAAAAUGUGGAAAACUUUAAAAGAACUUAUUAGCAGGGGACCGGCUAAACCGAGACACAUUGAAGAUAUGAAAUUUGGAAUAUUAGAUGAUAUGAAGGAGGAUGGGGAUGUAUCUGCAAGUCCAGGUAGAAGAAGAAUCUUGGUGGGUGCUGGUGUGGAAAACGAAAGAAAAAUCGAAAAGUUUGAAAAUAUCGGAAUAGGGGAACUCGAGAAAAUAGUCAAUGGACUCCAGAGGAAGAAAGGUUUUGAAGAAGGUAUAUCAAGCGAAAUAUUGAAGCUGGAGUUCAGUGCAAUUGGAAAGGAGUUUGUUGGUGUCAUCAACGAAUCCUUAAGGGUGGGCUGUUGUCCUAAUAAUUGGAAAAAGUUCACGAUCAUACCGAUCCGAAAGAUAGAGAAGGCCAAAAACGCAAAGGAUUUCCGGCUAAUUAAUAUAUUACCAUUGUACGAAAAGGUUCUAGAGCUGGUUGUAAAGAUGAUUCAAACUGUCAUAGACGAAUGGAAAUUAAACAUUAGCAAAGGGAAAAUAGUAGGAGUAAUCUUCAUGGAUUUAAAACGAGCAUUUGAGAGUGUAGAUAGAGAAUUGUUAAUAGAAAAAAUGCGGCAAUAUGGAGUUAGAGGUAAAGUGUUAGAAUGGUAUAGAUCGUACUUAAACAACAGGACACAACAAAUUUGGUUUAAUGAAGAAUUUUCCGAGAUUAUCAUAACGAAAUACGGUGUUGCACAAGGAUCCGUAUUAGGGUCUCUGCUGUUCGUUACAUAUAUAAAAGAUAUAGUUGACAUAUGUCCCGAAGACAAUGAAAUAGAAAUAAAAAUUGUUGCUGAUGAUACACUAAUGUAUGUUACUGGAGACAGUAGUGCGGGGGUGGAAUGA